AUGUUAUCAUUGCCCUACCCAUUUAAUAAACCUAAACCACAGUCUUACUCACUCAAACAUGUAUCUUCUCUAAGUGGUGAUCCACUUGUUUCCAAUUUUGUUUCAACGUACCAAAACUUAACUUCAACAGAAAACACCACAACUUCUCGACUCACUAGACCUAACUAUGCCAAGUAUACCCCACCAAAACAUCCAAUCAUACUUUGCCAUGGUCUUUCUGGGUUUGAUACUUUAAUUUUGAUCCCUUCUGUUAGAACCCUAAUUAACGUUAUCUCUAAUGCGGUUAGUAACAUUAAUUCGGAAUAUUUCGUAAUGACUGAGAAACAAGAUGAGGUAAAGAAGAACGUCUUGGAAGUAGAGUAUUGGAUUGGAGUGAAACGGAUCUUGGAGGCUAAGGGUUGCACCGUUUUCAUUACAAAAGUUCCGCCCUUUGGAAGUAUAGAAGAAAGAGCUCUCUCAUUAAAUAAAAUAUUAAAUGCAGUGGUCAAUCAAAAAUUACCAACUAAGAAAGAUGCAACCAAAUUUAAUUUUAUUGCCCAUUCAAUGGGAGGACUCGAUUGUAGAUAUUUAAUCUCAAGGAUCCCCAAACAUGAAAAGAAUUAUGAAGUCGCAAGCCUGACAACUUUGUCGACACCUCAUGGUGGUUCAGAAGUGGCAAAUUAUGUUGUAGGACAAUUUGGAAAGAUUCGCCAAACUUUAAAUAAUAAUGGUCCUUUACUCCCCAUGUGUUACUAUCAACUUACAACAUACUAUGCUCAAUAUUUUAACAACAUCACUCCUGAUGAUCCUAACGUCAAAUAUUUUUCAUAUGGUGCCUAUUUUAGUCCCAAAUGGUAUAGUUCAUUUGCAUUAACUUGGAGCAUUAUUAAUUACGCCACUAAUGGUGAACCAAAUGAUGGGAUGGUAACAGUAAAGAGUAGUCAUUGGGGGAAAUAUAUGGGUACUUUACCAAAUAUUGAUCAUUUAGAUAUUAUUAAUUGGCGAAAUAAAUUUCAUGACACAUAUGAACAUUUGAUACAAAAUAAAAAGAAUCCAGAAUCUAUCCUUCAACUCUAUGUAAAUAUUACACAUAACCUUGCAGAACAAGGUUGUUAA